AGUACGAGUCGCCAGCCCGAGGAUCUUUCCGAGCACCCUCUGCAGGUAAAUUCUUCACGGCUUUCCUUCUGCUCGCCGAUACGACCGCGCCCGCAAACCUUUGUUGUCCACGCCCGCCACCCCUGUGGUUCACGAGCCGGUUUUCUGAGUGACUAGCACGGACGCGACACUAGCGGCAUGGCUGCAAUCACAGCGCCGAAAGACACCGACCUACGUAAUACCCUCCGUCGACGCGCCUCUGCCUCCACGCCAGCAACCUCGAACCGACGCACCAGCCAGCACUCCAUCUACGCCCGAAACGUUCUCAUGAACAACCUCAACCAAGCCAAGGACAACGCGCAGCCCACGAAACCGACGACCAGCAUUGGCGAGCAAGCCCCGCGCCCUGCGCCCGCGCCGCCCGCAAUCCCCUCUGCAGGCCCCCCAAAGAGCGUGCAGGCCAUCAAAGACCUCGCGGCCCAGCGCGGAGAGCUCAAACCCCCGCCCACAUCAAUCGGCGGCGGCCACCACCACAACCAUGCGACCGUGAAGGAUGGUGUCGGUGUCGCGCUGAGCGACACCCCCGCGCCGUCGCAGCCAGGAAGCCCCAAGGGGUCCGUCCCAGAUGCUCAGUCUGCAGAGACGCUGCAUACUAACAGACCCAGGGCUCUAACGAGGAACAACAGCGCUGCAUCAACACCGCGCAUUCGCCCUACCACACUCGACAUCCCCGGUCUCACCAAGUCGAAAGUCUCGCCCGAUGGCAAGAUCGCGUCGCGCGAUGUCGGAGCCAAGCUUGUCAUUGUCAUGGUCGGCCUGCCUGCGCGUGGCAAGUCGUAUAUCACCAAGAAAAUGACAAGAUACCUCAACUGGCUGCAGCACGAUACCAAAAUUUUCAAUGUAGGGGAGAAGCGUCGUGUGGCAGCAAGUGGGCACGGCUUUCGCCUAUCACAGGCAAGCCUGGAGAAGGUGCCUUCCGGGGUCAGAAAUGCGCUAGAACAACACAAAGACUCCCUCCCUCAGAUUGCAGCCAAAAUUCUGAUCAACGGCGAGUCGGCAGCUGCGGAUAACGGAAGAUUUGCCCCACUGGACCUGAAGGACCCACUUAACGAUCCGGAGAACUCCACAGCUGUCGAGGAGGUCGAGGAGGUCGGCGUGCCCCGCGUACAAGUCACAUCCCCAGGGCCUAAGGCGGUCACACUGGAGAAUCGAGACUCAAAUGGACAACACAAGGAGGGCGAUGACAAGAUGGACCAGUCGGCGGAUUUCUUCGAUCCAAACAACGAGCAGGCCGCCCAGAUCCGAGAGCAGUGCGCUAUGGAGACCUUAGACGACGUUCUCGAUUACAUUCUGAAUGGCAAUGGCUCAGUCGGUAUUUUCGACGCAACAAACAGCACGCUUGGGCGGAGGAAGCAGAUUAUGGAGAAGAUCCGUACGCGGGCUGGUCCUGAGCUGAAUGUUCUCUUCGUCGAGAGUGUGUGCCAAGACAAGAGUCUGCUGGAGUCCAACAUGCGCCUCAAGCUGUCAGGACCUGACUAUCAAGACAAGGAUCCUCACGCCGCGCUCGAAGAUUUCAAGAAGCGUGUCGCCAUCUACGAGAAGAACUACGUCCCCAUCGGUGAUUACGAGGAAGAGAACAACAUGCCAUACGUCAAGAUGAUCGACGUAGGUCGCAAGAUGGUCUCGCACCAGAUCAAAGGCUUCCUCGCCGGCCAAGCAGUCUACUACCUCCUGAACUUCAACCUCGCGCCACGUAUGAUCUGGAUCACUCGGCACGGCGAAUCUCUCGACAACGUCGCUGGCAAAAUUGGCGGAGACUCCGAUCUCUCUGAACCUGGGCAAAAGUACGCCAAAGCAAUGACACGCUUCAUCGAUAGGCAGCGCACUGAAUGGGCCAUUCGCCAAGCUGACAAGAUGGCAAACACACAUUUCCCACCCGUCCCCGGUGAUCACACACCACCCAAUCCCUACUUCAGCACUGAAAUGGAGGCUCACAACUUCUGCGUCUGGACAUCUAUGCUGAAGCGCAGUGUGCAAACCGGCCAGUACUUUUGCGACGAGGACUUUGAAGUGAAGCAGAUGCGCAUGCUUGACGAGCUGAACGCUGGCAUCAUGGAAGGUCUUACAUACGACGAAAUCCGUACGAAGCAUGCUGAUGAGUACUUACGCCGGCGCCGCGACAAGCUGGCAUACCGCUACCCCGGCCCCGGCGGAGAAGGCUACCUCGACGUGAUCAACCGCAUUCGCCCCGUGAUCGUGGAGCUGGAGCGCAUGACAGACCAUUGCUUGCUGAUCACGCAUCGCAGCGUCGCGAGGGUGCUGUUGGCGUACUUCCAGGGCCUGAACAGGGAGGACGUGGCGGAUCUAGACUGUCCGCUGGGCAUGCUGUAUCAGCUCGAGCCGAAGCCAUAUGGUGUCGAGUUCAAGGCUUGGCGCUACAAGCCUGAGAAGGACGACUUUGAUUACCUCCCUCUGUACAAGCUCAGGCGCGCGACGACGAACCCGCAGCUCAACUAGGGGUGGUGGUUCUUGCCGGAGUAGACGUCGGUCUGCUGGAGUAGACAGCUGGAUGGUGUUUUGAUUGGUGUAUUACUAGACUUGGG